AUUACAAAGCGGGAUGAACCUGCAGAUUUGCUUCGUGAACGACAGCGGCAGCGACAAGGACAGUGACGCCGACGACAGCAAGACAGAAACCAGCCUGGACACGCCGUUGUCGCCCAUGAGCAAGCAGAGCUCGUCCUACUCUGACAGAGACACGACGGAGGAAGAGUCAGAAUCCCUCGAUGACAUGGAUUUCCUCACCAGGCAAAAGAAACUCCAAGCUGAAGCGAAAAUGGCCUUGGCUAUGGCAAAGCCCAUGGCCAAAAUGCAAGUUGAGGUGGAAAAGCAGAACAGGAAGAAAUCGCCAGUAGCGGAUCUUCUGCCACAUAUGCCUCAUAUAAGUGAAUGCCUGAUGAAGAGAAGUUUAAAACCUACUGAUCUAAGAGACAUGACUAUCGGGCAGCUACAAGUGAUAGUCAAUGAUCUCCACUCACAGAUAGAAAGCUUGAACGAGGAGCUGGUGCAGCUGCUGCUCAUUCGGGACGAGCUGCACACGGAGCAGGACGCAAUGCUGGUGGACAUCGAGGACCUGACCAGACACGCCGAAAGCCAGCAGAAGCACAUGGCAGAGAAGAUGCCGGCAAAAUGAACCCCGGAGCCCCGGGAGCAGAGCUCGAGCGAGACUUCAUUUUGCUUCUGUGUGUGUCCAAGCGCUGAUGCCCACGGCGGCGCACGAGAAAACCAGUGUUAGUCAUUGACCAUGUCUGAAGCUUUAUGUCCGGUGAUUGGCCUCUGCUUCUUAAUUUAUUUUAAUUUUUUUACUCGUGCCACUAAAUAUCAGGCAUUUUAAUAAUAUUAUUACAAAAAAUGUACAGUACUUAUAACAUUAUAAAUCACGGGUGAGAAGAGAGGGUAGUUUAACUUUAUUUUUGUUUGUUUAGAGAUUUUCAGUUGAACGAUAUUUUACCAUUGACUACUUUUUUAUUCUUCACUGUAGUUUUAAAAUAAAGAAACUGUACUUGACGGUGCUAUACAAGUCAAAAAAAUACAUGCCUGCCUCGUAGUGAAGUUGUAGCUUUCAGUAAUAUGUACAUUUUAAUCAGUUUUCAACAUUUUGUGAAUGUUGACUACCUGACAUUCAUUUUUAGAUGUGCUAUUAACAUUCGGUUGGAUUCAGAGAGUUACCUUGAAAGUUUUAUGUAUAAAUAUGUAAAAUAAAAAUUUAAAAAAUUGUUUCAUAUGAUACGUCUUUUUGUUGCCUAGUGGUUGACUC